AUGGGAGGCGGCGAUUUGCUGUUGGAGGACCGCCUGCGGCCACACUACGACAGCCGGCCGGAUGCUGCCCUAGAAGACUCAACCUCGAUUCUACACCAGCACCAACGCCAGCAACAGCGCUUAUUUCCCCUUGUGAUCCUCCCGCUCCCCGGAGCGAGACAAUCCCGUAACAGGCCCAUGGCUGACAGCAUCGGGAAAAAUGAGCAAGGAAAGGAUCGUAAGAAGGGAUACCGUCCAAAUGUUGGAUGUGUUGGACCUGGUGGACCUGACCCCAUGCCAGAGUCCAUUUUAGGCCCAACGGUCGCUGUCUCUCUGUCUGUCGCCUCCGUCCUGUCGCCUCUGACGUUUCUUGUCCAGUCAGAGCGUCUGCUCACUUUGUUAGUGGCCAGAAAAGGCAAGGAGUCCAAAUAG